AUGGCUUCAGGUUAUGACAGAGCUCUGUCGGUGUUCAGUCCCGAUGGACAUGUUUUCCAGGUCGAGUAUGCUGGUGAAGCUGUCAAGCGAGGAACCUGCGCUGUUGGGGUCAAAGGCCAAGACGUCGUUGUGCUUGGCUGCGAGAAGCGCUCUGCUAUGAAGCUCCAAGAUACCCGAAUUACCCCCUCCAAGAUUCAAGUUCUCGACAACCACGUUGCCCUUGCCUUCGCCGGACUCAACGCCGACGCCCGAAUUCUAGUCGAUAAGGCCCGUCUAGAGGCCCAGUCGCACAGACUGACUGUGGAGGACCCUGCUACCAUCGAAUACAUUACAAAAUACGUCGCCGGCGUGCAGCAACGGUACACCCAGGCUGGCGGUGUCCGCCCGUUCGGCAUUAGCACCAUGGUUGUGGGCUUCGAUAAGAAUAGCAAGGUCCCUCGCCUCUAUCAGACUGAGCCGUCGGGCAUCUACUCUGCCUGGAAGGCGAAUGCCAUUGGCCGCUCCAGCAAGACCGUCCGCGAGUUCUUGGAACGCAACUACAAGGAGGAGAUGAAUCGGGAGGCUACUAUCCGCCUGGCCAUUAAGUCCCUCCUGGAAGUUGUGCAAACAGGAGCCAAGAAUAUUGAGAUCGCCCUGAUGGCUCCCGGAGCCACUAUCGAGAUGCUCCCCACGGAAGAGAUCGAGCGUUACGUCAAGGAGAUUGAGCAGGAGAAGCAGGAGGAGGCUGCUAAGAAGAAGACUGGUCGCGCUCCCGCCAUCAGCGGCACAGCUAUCCCGACAAGAAGCCAGGAUGACUCCGCCGCUGAGUAA